AUGUUAAGAGCAAAUGUUGUCGUCUCUUUGGUUAUAUUUGCAGCUCUCAUGCAAUGUAUGAAUGGAAAAGAAAACAUUACGCCAUGGAUAUACAGUAUGAAGCAGCCGGUGUCGUGUAAUAGAGAACAUUCGGAAAUUGGAAUAUGUCUUUCAGGUAUUGAUGAUGAUAUUCAAAACGAUGGAAAAUGCUGGAAAUUUUGCUUGAUGGUUGCGAAAAGCGGAGGUUAUAAUGCAGACAAAUAA